AGAGCUAACCAUCUGUUGGUCGGUAUGAAUAAAGAUAACGACAAUGCGAUGUCUACUCUGGAGGACAUCGCGGAUGUGAUCGAUGUCACAGACAGUGAUGAUGGUGUCGAAGAUGUGCCACAAAAAGCAACUGAUAAUCAAAUGAAAGCUAAGACUUUUGAUGAGAAUAAGAAGUCAUUGGAUGGGCUCAGAGGUGUUGCCCAAAGUGGGGGUCGAUUUGGAUACCCAGUUCCCAUGGGAACUAAUUGUGUUGACAAAAGACCCGAUAAGUCGAUUGAUGAAUACGUUAAAGCACUGUAUGGCGGGGUUACCACCGAUGGCAACAAAUAUCGAUCCAAUGAUAGCAAGUCUGUGGACAAGAAGUCAGAGAUGACUACAAGCAUUGAAGUUAUCGGCGAAAUACCUGUGCGACCAAAACGUGUCGACUCAUCUGCGGACAAAACAGUGUCCUAUAACACUAAGGGAUUGCUGGAUGAGUUUGGUCCGCUCAAAUCAACCAGUGGCCGAUCACCAGAAUUACCGCAUUAUAGGGCGACACCAAGUGUUAUGAAUGGCAAAUGUGUCGACCGAUACCGGGUCAGUUGCCAAGGGCCCUUUGACCAGGACUAUAUGAGCAAUGAUGUGAGAGACAAUUACUUGAGGGAUAGUUAUCCGGUGACCCCUACCUUUCAUCCCAAGAUGUUAGCGAUGAGAAAAACCAUUAGGGAAUCCCGACAGAGCGGGAACCAAAAGCUCCACAUAAUGCCACAGAUACGUACAGUAAACCCAUUGAACAGUUGUUGA